UUAAAUCAGUUUCUGGACCACAGGUUCUAGAACAGCUUCUAUCCCAGUUCUAUCUGCCUGUUAAAUCAGUUUCUGGAUCACAGGUUCUAGAACAGCUUCUAUCCCAGUUCUAUCUGCCUGUUAAAUCAGUUUCUGGACCACAGGUUCUAGAACAGCUUCUAUCCCAGUUCUAUCUGACUGUUUAAUCAGUUUCUGGACCACAGGUUCUAAAACAGCUUCUAUCCCAGUUCUAUCUGCCUGUUAAAUCAGUUUCUGGACCACAGGUUCUAGAACAGCAUCUAUCCCAGUUCUAUCUGCCUGUUAAAUCCGUUUCUGGACCACAGGUUCUAAAACAGCUUCUAUCCCAGUUAUAUCUGCCUGUUAAAUCAGUUUCUGGAUCACAGGUUCUAGAACAGCUUCAAUCCCAGUUCUAUCUGCCUGUUAAAUCAGUUUCUGGACCACAGGUUCUAGAACAGCAUCUAUCCCAGUUCUAUCUGCCUGUUAAAUCCGUUUCUGGACCACAGGUUCUAGAACAGCAUCUAUCCCAGUUCUAUCUGCCUGUUAAAUCUGUUUCUGGACCACAGGUUCUAAAACAGCUUCUAUCCCAGUUAUAUCUGCCCGUUAAAUCAGUUUCUGGACCACAGGUUCUCGAACAGCUUCUAUCCCAGUUCUAUCUGCCUGUUAAAUCAGUUUCUGGAUCACAGGUUCUAGAACAGCUUCUAUCCCAGUUCUAUCUGCCUGUUAAAUCAGUUUCUGGACCACAGAUUCUAUCCCAGCUCUAUAUGCCUGUUAAAUCAGUUUCUGGACCACAGGUUCUAGAACAGCAUCUUUCCCAGUUCUAUCUGCCUGUUAAAUCCGUUUCUGGACCACAGGUUCUAAAACAGCUUCUAUCCCAGUUCUAUCUGCCUGUUAAAUCCGUUUCUGGUCCACAGGUUCUAAAACAGCUUCUAUCCCAGUUCUAUCUGCCUGUUAAAUCAGUUUCUGGACCACAGAUUCUAUCCCAGUUCUAUCUGCCUGUUAAAUCCGUUUCUGGACCACAGGAUCUAAAACAGCUUCUAUCCCAGUUAUAUCUGCCUGUUAAAUCAGUUUCUGGACCACAGGUUCUCGAACAGCUUCUAUCCCAGUUCUAUCUGCCUGUUAAAUCAGUUUCUGGACCACAGGUUCUAGAACAGCAUCUAUCCCAGUUCUAUCUGCCUGUUAAAUCCGUUUCUGGACCACAGGUUCUAAAACAGCUUCUAUCCCAGUUCUAUCUGCCUGUUAAAUCAGUUUCUGGACCACAGGUUCUCGAACAGCUUCUAUCCCAGUUCUAUCUGCCUGUUAAAUCAGUUUCUGGACCACAGGUUCUCGAACAGCUUCUAUCCCAGUUCUAUCUGCCUGUUAAAUCCGUUUCUGGUCCACAGGUUCUAAAACAGUUUCUAUCCCAGUUAUAUCUGCCUGUUAAAUCAGUUUCUGGACCACAGAUUCUAUCCCAGCUAUAUAUGCCUGUUAAAUCAGUUUCUGGACCACAGGUUCUAGAACAGCAUCUAUCCCAGUUCUAUCUGCCUGUUAAAUCCGUUUAUGGACCACAGGUUCUCGAACAGCUUCUAUCCCAGUUCUAUCUGCCUGUUAAAUCCGUUUCUGGUCCACAGGUUCUAAAACAGCUUCUAUCCCAGUUCUAUCUGCCUGUUAAAUCAGUUUCUGGACCACAGGUUCUAGAACAGCUUCUAUCCCAGUUCUAUCUGCCUGUUAAAUCAGUUUCUGGACCACAGGUUCUAGAACAGCUUCUAUCCCAGUUCUAUCUGCCUGUUAAAUCAGUUUCUGGACCACAGGUUCUAGAACAGCUUCUAUCCCAGUUCUAUCUGCCUGUUAAAUCAGUUUCUGGACCACAGGUUCUAGAACAGCUUCUAUCCCAGUUCUAUCUGCCUGUUAAAUCAGUUUCUGGACCACAGGUUCUAAAACAGCUUCUAUCCCAGUUCUAUCUGCCUGUUAAAUCAGUUUCUGGACCACAGGUUCUAGAACAGCUUCUAUCCCAGUUCUAUCUGCCUGUUAAAUCCGUUUCUGGACCACAGGUUCUAAAACAGCUUCUAUCCCAGUUAUAUCUGCCUGUUAAAUCAGUUUCUGGACCACAGGUUCUCGAACAGCUUCUAUCCCAGUUCUAUCUGCCUGUUAAAUCAGUUUCUGGAUCACAGGUUCUAGAACAGCUUCUAUCCCAGUUCUAUCUGCCUGUUAAAUCAGUUUCUGGACCACAGGUUCUAGAACAGCAUCUAUCCCAGUUCUAUCUGCCUGUUAAAUCCGUUUCUGGACCACAGGUUCUAGAACAGCAUCUAUCCCAGUUCUAUCUGCCUGUUAAAUCUGUUUCUGGACCACAGGUUCUAAAACAGCUUCUAUCCCAGUUAUAUCUGCCCGUUAAAUCAGUUUCUGGACCACAGGUUCUCGAACAGCUUCUAUCCCAGUUCUAUCUGCCUGUUAAAUCAGUUUCUGGAUCACAGGUUCUAGAACAGCUUCUAUCCCAGUUCUAUCUGCCUGUUAAAUCAGUUUCUGGACCACAGAUUCUAUCCCAGCUCUAUAUGCCUGUUAAAUCAGUUUCUGGACCACAGGUUCUAGAACAGCAUCUUUCCCAGUUCUAUCUGCCUGUUAAAUCCGUUUCUGGACCACAGGUUCUAAAACAGCUUCUAUCCCAGUUAUAUCUGCCUGUUAAAUCAGUUUCUGGACCACAGGUUCUCGAACAGCUUCUAUCCCAGUUCUAUCUGCCUGUUAAAUCAGUUUCUGGACCACAGGUUCUAGAACAGCAUCUAUCCCAGUUCUAUCUGCCUGUUAAAUCCGUUUCUGGACCACAGGUUCUAAAACAGCUUCUAUCCCAGUUCUAUCUGCCUGUUAAAUCAGUUUCUGGAUCACAGGUUCUAGAACAGCUUCUAUCCCAGUUCUAUCUGCCUGUUAAAUCAGUUUCUGGACCACAGAUUCUAUCCCAGCUCUAUAUGCCUGUUAAAUCAGUUUCUGGACCACAGGUUCUAGAACAGCUUCUAUCCCAGUUCUAUCUGUCUGUUAAAUCAGUUUCUGGACCACAGGUUCUAGAACAGCUUCUAUCCCAGUUCUAUCUGCCUGUUAAAUCAGUUUCUGGACCACAGGUUCUAGAACAGCUUCUAUCCCAGUUCUAUCUGCCUUUUAAAUCAGUUUCUGGACCACAGAUUCUAUCCCAGUUCUAUCUGCCUGUUAAAUCAGUUUCUGGACCACAGGUUCUAGAACAGCUUCUAUCCCAGUUCUAUCUGCCUGUUAAAUCAGUUUCUGGAUCACAGGUUCUAGAACAGCUUCUAUCCCAGUUCUAUCUGCCUGUUAAAUCAGUUUCUGGACCACAGGUUCUAGAACAGCUUCUAUCCCAGUUCUAUCUGUCUGUUGAAUCAGUUUCUGGACCACAGGUUCUAGAACAGCUUCUAUCCCAGUUCUAUCUGCCUGUUAAAUCAUCAACCUAAACUGUUUCCAUCAGACUAUUAGAACAUGACUGAACCUUUUGGUUCCUUUUCUGAUCUUUUACCACUUUGCAUUUUUAUGAUAUAUUUUACUGUUUGUGUUUGUACCACAGGAGGUUGGUGGGACCUUAAUUGGGGAGGACAGGCUUGUAAUGGCUGGAGGGGAAUAAGUAGAAUGGUAUCAAACACGUGGUUUCCAUGUGUUCCAUUUCAUCCACUCUGUUCCAGACAUUAUUAUGAGCCGUCCCUCCCUCACCAGCCUCCACUGGUAUGUACUGUCCUAUAUGUGAGAGAGAUCCAACAAGGAAUUACAAUGUAUGUAUUACUUUUAAUACCUGCAAAUGGCAAAUAAACUACUAGAAGUCCUUAUGAAUGUCUGCAGCCGACUAGACUGUUGGCGUCUGACAAGAGGUGAAAAUAUUACAGGAAUAUUCUGCAAAUGUUGAUGAAGACGUCACUCAAUCCCCCAAAACAACAUGCAGUCUUUCCACAAGACUCCCAUGAAGUUAUAGUGUGACGUUAUGAGGUGACGUUAAAGUAACAUUCUCAGAACAUACUGCACUUGUUUUACUGUUUACUGUAUACUGUUUUAGAUGGAUCCUCUGUUUAUCAUCUUGUUUUAUACUGUUUUAGAUGGAUCCUCUGUUUAUCAUCUUGUUUUAUACUGUUUUAGAUGGAUCCUAAAUUUAAACAAUGUAAACAAUAAUACUGUUAAAAUACCAAUGUGAUCAUUUGUUGUACGUCUUUUAUGUUGAAUAACAAAUAGUACAAUUAUAUAUGGACAUACGCUCCACAUACACUGCUGAUGUCGCAGAAAGGCCAUAAAGAUCAUCAAGGACAACAACCACCCGAUCCACUGCCUGUUCACCCUGCUAUCAUCCAGAAGGAGAGGUCAGUACAGGUGCAUCAAAGCUGGGACCGAGAGACUGAAAAACAGCUUCUAUCUUAAGGCAAUCAGACUGUUUAUCAGCCACCACUAACAUUGAGUGGCUGCUGCCAACAUACUGACUCAACUCCAGCCACUUUAAUAAUGGGAAUAGAUGGAAAAAAAAUGCAUCACUAUGCCACUUAAUAUAAUGUUUACAUACCCUACAUUACUCAUCUCAUAUGUAUAUACUGUACUCGAUACCAUCUACUGCAUCUUGCCUCUGCCGUUCUGUACCAUCACUCAUUCAUGUAUGUUUAUGUACAUAUUCUUUAUCCCUUUACACUUGUGUAUAUAAGGUAAUUGUUGUGAAAUCGUUAGGUUAGAUUACUCGUUGAUUAUUACUGCAUUGUCGGAACUAGAAGCACAAGCAUUUUGCUAAACUCGCAUUAACAUCUGCUAACCAUGUGUAUGUGACAAAUAAAAUGUGAUUUUAGUUUAUUUAGUUGUACAAGUAUACAAGAAGAUAUUGUAUUUUUCAUAAUAAAACAUAUAAUUGAAACA